AUGCGUGCCUCUGUCCUCUUCCUUGCUUUCGCGGCCCUUGUCGCUGCUCAGGAUUUCUCCAUUGAGACAACAACCACCGACGCUGCCGUCGACACCACCGAGACCAGUACUUUCGUCCUGGACCCUUCCGAGACCACCACAGGGAUCGAUACCGCCUCUGAGACUCCAUCUGAGACUCCGUCGGAGACAUCCACCGACUCAUCCGACAACACCACCACAUCUGAGCCCGUCAUCCCCACCGGCCUGAUCCCCUCCGACUCGCCCAUCGGCUCCUCAUCGGGCUUCACCAGCUCUCCUAGCCCUACCACCCGCUCUACCACAUCAACCCGAACCUCAACCUCCACUCGCGACUCCACAGAGACCGACACCCAGACUGUGACCAACACCCCCAGCGCUACCAACAGCAACAGCGACGACGCCGAGGAGACUGACUCCGACAACGCUGCGUUUGCUCUCCCCACUGCUGGACCCCUCCUCGGUGCUGGUCUUGCCGGUGCUGCUCUGGCCGCUUUCCUAUAA